CGCACACACACACACACACAGGGAGAGAGAGAGAGAGAGAGAGAGAGCUCGCGGGUCGCGGCGAGUCGCGAACACAGACGAUACGAGCCGGCUGGUGGCUAGAUUUCCUCCUCGACCUCGUCCGUUGCGAUGGCCGGCGGCGGCGGGGCCAAGAACGGCGUGAGCCUGUACGCGGUGCUGGGCGUGGCCAGCGACUGCUCCGACGCCGAGCUGCGCAGCGCCUACCGCAAGCUCGCCAUGAAAUGGCACCCCGACAAGUGCGCCUGCGCGGGGAGCUCCGCCGGCGGCGCGGACGCGGCCAAGGCGAGGUUCCAGAAGAUCCAGGGAGCCUACGCCGUUCUGUCGGACCCCAACAAGCGGAUCCUGUACGACGUCGGAGCCUACGACAGCGACGGCGACGAUGACGGCGCCGGGGAGAUCCUCGGAGAUAUUCUGGACGCCAUGAGCCAGAACGGAGCGGAGAACGGCAAGGGGGAGAGCCUGGAGGACAUGCAGCGGCAGUUCGAGGAGCUGUUCCUGCGGCCGUCGCCGUCGUCCUCCUUCCCGCCGGACGACGCUGGGAAGUCGGCGUCCAAGAGAAGGGCUGCACGGAAGUAGGGUGAGGAGCAUGAUGCAGAGUACGUACGUCCACUCGAGAUGGUUUAAUUAUUGCACACGUUCCGUGAGUGGUGUUGGAAGGAGCCGCGCGCCGCAAAAGGAUAAUCUACUACUACUAUGACGUACUGAUCGAGACAUGCGGCCUGUUCGCUUCAGCUUAUUCAGCUGGCUUAUCAGCCACCAAACAGUGUUUUUCUCUCACAACAAAUCAGCCGUUUCAGCUUUUCAGCCGGCUUAUAAGCUGAAGCGAACAGGCCAACGAACAGCGACCUGUGUGAUGGGAUGAGGAGGCUGGCAAGUCCUGUGACCCAGGAUAACACCGGCGGCCCUCCUGCCCUGCGCAUUGUGGAUUUCUGAUGCAUGCAUGCAUGCAUGCUCCGAUUUUGCUGCUACAGAUUGGUGGCCUGAUUGGUUGGUAUCAUUAGAAUUGAGAUUGUACUGUAUGCACGCACGAUACCUUCUCGAAUUAACGAGACGCCGUUGUUGGCAAUCUUCCGAGUGCUUUCUACCUGUAAUAUAACCACUGUCCACUGCAAAGCUCGUCGCAGAGGUUUUUUCUCACCUUGUCACCGGAAAAAAAAGAGAAAGAAAUGUGCUAAA